CCAGGCAACGUGUCGUAUCUAUCAAAUCGUUCUCCGUAUCGAUCUUAGACUCUCCUAUCUUUCUUUCUCUUUCUCUUCUCUGUCUGUCUCGUCCAGGCCAUUAUGGCUAUUAGUCCUGUCAUCAAAAUAAACUUUGCGCGUGUCACCGCGAAGAGCGGACGGCUCUUGAAGAAGUGAUGGGACGUGCGAUGAGUCGCCUCCCAUUGUGCGUUUCUCGCAACGAGGAGGAUCAAUCCGCCGCGAAGUCGUAGAUUUACGUAAUCGUGAUGCGUGAACAGGUGUGUGCUUUAGCGUUUCGUAGGAUACCAUCGGAAACCCGUUUCUCUCCGUGCGUGUGCGCGCGGAAGAAACAUAUAUCUGCAAAAAAACAACACUUUUGACGCGAACGUGAAGAACCGGUGCAUCUCCAAUGUCGGAAGUGAGCGCCAUCAUAAUGCCAGAGAACAUACUCUGGAUCUUCGUGGACUGCUUCUUGUUUGUCGCAAUCGUUCUGGGGAACGUGCUGACGAUAGUGGCGAUCGCGAUGACUCGCCGGCUUAAGAGCGUUGUCUCCAAUUACUUCGUGUUUAAUCUGGCGGUGUCGGACCUGCUGGUGGGCAUAACAUUACCCUAUCAUUUGGCGUUCUACGUGCACGACCCGCUGAGCCACACCUUUUCGAUAUGCAUCUCGCGAUUCGUGCUGACCAGCGUGGCGUGCGGCGGUAGCAUCUACAACAUCAUGGUGAUCGCCAUAGACCGAUACAUCGCGAUCGUACACCCGCUCAGCUACAACGCGUACGCGACGAGGAGGCGUGUGCUGCUGAUCAUAGCCGGCACGUGGUUCUGCACUAUCAGUGUGUCGUCGAUCCCGAUCUACUGGCAUCGCUUCAGCCCGAAUUCGACCUGCGAAUUCGAGACGGUCUUUCCGAGGAACUAUAUAGCGGCGGUGCAGAUGCCGUCGUUUCUUUUCGCUUGGGUGACAAUGUUUUUAUUGUACCUGAAGAUCUGGAAGGAGGCGCAGAUGUGCGUACGCCGAAUGAAUCUCAGCAUCGUCUCGAACUUCACUGAGAAAAACGAUCGCGGGAGCGUACACGUGGUGCUGAUGAUACUAGGUUGCUUCACGAUCUGUUGGCUUCCGUACCUCGUGGUGGCGAGCAUGCGGAGCUUCAAUUGGAUGCGAGACUCGACGAAUACAUGGUAUAAAGCCACGUUCGCGUUGGCCCUCGCCAACAGCGGAAUGAACCCUCUCAUAUACACGUGGAAGAAUACCAGCUUUCGCCGAGCAUUCCAGAGGAUCUUGCGCUUCAAGUCGCCCAAUAACAAGCUCAACUCGAGCCUGAAGGUGUUCUUGGAGCAGCAACACAACGAGAUCAAGAACAAACAGAAAGACGCGGAGAAUGAACCGAGCGGGAACAGCGGUUUGCAUGGAUACUCGUCCGAGCAACAGAAUAAUCGCGCGGAGGAGACUGGAGUGGAGAACACGACUUUGUAAAGACGAUCGACCGUGUGUCGAGAGUCGAGAAUUAUCUCUCUUUAUAAAAAUUAUAAAUUAUUUCA